UAAGUAUAAAUAUAGAAAGUAGCCUAUGCCUGACAUUUAUCAUCGGACUCCAGACUCCAGAAGCCUCGAUAGAGCUCGUCAACUCUGAGGAGAGAAACACAAGACAAGAAACAAACACUAUGUUUCUUACAGGAAAGUUUUUCGGGUUCCUUUUCAGUCUCUCACUGAAUUUAUGGCUCUGUGAGACUGCAAGUGUAAUCAUUUUGGAUCAACAAGAAGCUUCAGAUAUUAAAAGGGCUUAUAUCAAUCCUGAGAAAACAUAUGCCGCUCGAAACUGCAAAGAACUCCAGAAAAAGUAUUGUGUUAAUGAUGACGGCCUGUACUAUCUGAAGUCCUCCAGAGGCGUCGUGUACCAGACCUUCUGUGAUAUGACCACUGCGGGCGGAGGCUGGACGCUGGUCGCCAGUGUUCAUGAGAACAACAUGUUCGGAAAGUGCACUGUUGGUGAUCGCUGGUCUAGUCAGCAGGGCAGUGAACCGAACCGGCCUGAUGGUGAAGGGACAUGGGCAAACACGGUCAUAUUUGGAACUCCAGACGCCUCUACAAGUGACGAUUAUAAGAAUCCCGGAUACUUUGACAUCCCAGCACAAGAUGUGUCCGUGUGGCACGUUCCUAAUAAUAAGGAGGUGGAGUCCUGGAGCGCUUCCUCCAUCCUGCGAUACCACACCGAAAAUCACUUCCUAACUCUCCACGGGGGAAACCUUUACAACUUAUUCAAGAAAUUCCCGGUGAAGUUUGGCAUAGGGGCAUGCCUCACUGAUAAUGGACCUGUUGUUCCAAUAGUGUAUGACAACGGAAAUGCCGAAUACAACAGAAAUCUCUAUGGUCCCAAUGCAAGAACAAAUUUUCAGCCUGGAUUCAUCUCAUUCAGAGUCUUCAACAAUGAAAGGGUAGCCAGUGCUCUUUGUUCUGGUGUCAAACCAACCGACUGCAACACUGAACAUUUCUGUAUUGGUGGAGGUGGACACUUUCCUGAGGAGGCCCCUAAGCAGUGCGGGGACUUUGCGGGAUUCGACUGGAACGGCUACGGUACUAAUGUGGAAUGGAGCGCUUCUAAAGAGAUCACUGAAGCAGCCGUGCUUCUCUUUUAUCGCUGACACUCACAGCAAUCUGAGAUCACCGCCAGCAUCUUUUCCUUCUUUACAACAUAUUCCACAUUAAUUAACGCCUGAAUUUAACAUACACAAUUAUUUGCUCAAAUGUAUUUCUUUAAGAUAUAUAUCCAGUGGUUGUUAGUGUUCAGACAUCAGAUUAAAAAUGUAUGUUAGUUUGACUUCUAGGCUACAACAUACUUUGACACAAUGUUUAAAAAAUAAAUAAAAAAAUAAGGACACAGUUAUUGAAAUAUAAUAAUUCCAUGACGCAUUGAGUUAUCAACAAACUAACAACCAUAUGUUUUGAGUAGAUCUAAGUUUGCUUUGACAGUAACAAAGAAAGGGGGUUUCUGAAUUUGCACGUUGAACCAAUCAUAUUAGAGAAAAAUGGUGUGAUGAUGUUGAGUGAUGUGUUAUGUUACCUUUACUGUCCCUAUCCUAUAUAAACUCCUGUACUCUUCUUGCUGGGGGGAUUCUCUCUGAAAUGUGUGAGAUCCUCCUAGCCGUGAUUAAAGCAUAUUCAAAGGCA